AUGCUUCGCCUCUCAACGCGUGCCCUGCGCCGCGCGCGCCUCACUACGCGUACCACGGGUUUCUUUUUGGACUUGAAAAACCAGCUUAAGAAUGAGAUGGAGAAAAAUGAGGAGCUCAAGAAAUCUUUUGAGGAGCUGGAGAAGACCAAAGAACAGUUUAAAAACGUGGAAAAGGCCGCUAAGGAAAAGAUGAGCGAGGUGAGCUCCAUGACCGAAGAGGCGGCAAAGAGCUUCCAGGAGCAAGCCUUACAGGCUUCUCAGAAAAUCAAGGAGUCUUACGAGGAGACUACCAAGGUCGCAGCCGAUGCCAAGAAGGAUAAGGAGGACGCAAAUGCGGCGGAUACAGCGGAUACUUUUGCAGCUGAUGAUGCUAAAAAAGAUGAAGGCAAGACGAAAGGAGGCGAGACAGAUGAAGCUGUGGAGGGCGCACGUGCUUUUGUGAAGAACUUCAUUGCCAGCAUUACCGCCCAGAAGAACAAGCUCAUCCACCCAAGCAAAUUCCCGAAGCUGCGCGACGAGUGGAAGGAUGCCGCACAGGAGCUUUUUGGUAAGCGGGAAAAGCAGACAGUUGACGAGGCACUGGCCUCUGUACGAACACCGUCCGUGCAGAAACCGAAGAAAUCCGAGGACGAGGAACCUACGGAGUACACUGGCACCAGUGCUUUGGUGGCGGUGAAAGAGGAGGAGAGUGCCUGGCAGCGUGUCAGCGCUCGCUUCCGUGAGGCCCCGAUUAUUCAGGGUAUUCUAGAUGCUGCAAAGCAGGCAGCUAAGACAGAGGCCGGAAAAAAGGUGCAGCAGACGACGAAGCAGGUUAAGGAUAAGAUCAGUGACGCCCAGGAAGAGGUCUUGGAGGUUUGGGAAACCAGUCAAAACCCGUGGGUGUACCGAUUGUCUUCAAUCUAUGACGGUCUUUUUGGUGAAACACCGAUGGCUGUUGCGAUUAAGGAGAUCCGUCGCGCUGAACCUGACUUUAUAUUGGAGGAAUGGAAGGAGAACAUUGAGGAGGUUGUUUUGCCUGGCGUGCUGGAGGCAUUCUUGCGUGGCAACAGCCGUGACUUGAAGAAGUGGUUCGGUGAGGCUGCGUACUCGCGUAUGAACAUCGCUAUCCGUGAGCGAAAGUCGGAGGGCCUGGUAAUGGACCCGCACGUGCUCAGCAUCGACAACGUAGAAGUUAUUGAGGCGACGGCUGAAGACAAACAGGCCCCGAUUAUUCUGAUGCGGUUCCAGGCGCAGCAGAUCAACUGCAUCCGCAAUCGUGAGGGAGAAGUUGUGGAAGGAUCCGAGGACGAGGUGCUAGCCUACUACUACAUCUUUGCCUUCCAGCGCGACUACGACGAGGAACAGGAGACCCUCCGCUGGAGAAUUGUGGAUCUCCACAUGCAGCGUGGCGGAAGGUAUUAUUAG